AUGCGUUUCUUUUCAACGGCGCUUCUCGCACUUGCCACCCUCGCUACAACAGCAAGUGCUCGGCUCGUGGUAUACGCAGACGAGUGGCACCCAACACGUCCCACUGAACCACAAGUCCGAGCUGGUGUCGAUCAUGUCGUUGUCGCUUUCGCUAUGGCCAACGCAACGGCUGGUUUCCAACCCAAAGUCCCCAUCUCAACGCUUCGGUCUGAGUUCCCUGGCGCGAAGAUGAUGAUGGCUGUUGGCGGAUGGGGUGAUGAUGUCGGCUUCGCGCAAGUGUCCAGCAGCGAUGCGGCAAUCCAGACGUUCGCAGCAGAUGUUGCCGCAAUGUUGAAGAACACUGGCGCUGACGGUGUCGACAUCGAUUGGGAGUACCCAGGAGGAAACGGUGCCAAUUACAAGAAAGUCCCUAACAGCGACAAGCUCUACCAAAUCACUGCUUUCCCAAAGGUUCUGGAGGCUAUCCGCACAGCCAUCGGCGACAAAUUGCUCUCAAUCGCUGUACCAGGAAAGAGCGAGGACAUGAUCGCUUACACAAGUACGACUGGUCCUCUAAUUUGGCCGUCUGUCGAUUACAUCAACGUCAUGAGUUACGAUCUGAUGAACCGCCGUGACAGCGUAACUCAUCAUCACACCUCCGUAGCCGAGUCAGAACAGACGAUUAGAAACUACCUUGCCAUAGGUGCUCCACCCCAGAAGAUCAACCUCGGGUUCGCGUACUACGCAAAGUACUUCACUACCCAAGGCGACUGCAGUGCCCACCCCCUCGGCUGCCCCAUUGCCCUGGCCGAAGACCCCGUCACUGGCAAAGAUUUACUCACCUCAGGCGCCUACACCUUCGAACCCGCUCACAUGGAACCCGUCAAUCUCUCCUCAAUCACCAUAUCCUACGAUGGCACCUGUGGUCCCGAGAAGAACACUAAAUGCGCCACAGGCUGCUGCUCGCAGUACGGGAACUGCGGCACUUCUCCAGAACACUGCAGUGGCGGUUGCCAGCACGCCUUUGGUACAGGCUGCACUGACGCCGACGUAGCUGGGUCCUGGCAGCGCGCUGUUAAGAAUGGUGUUACUGAUCAGCAAGCUGGUGGACAAUACUACUUUGAUGCUGAGAACCGGUUAUUUUGGACCUGGGAUACGCCGGACCUCAUCUCGAGGAAGUUCGAGGAUAUUGUCAAGAAGUAUCGUCUCGGUGGUGUUAUGGCGUGGAGUCUGGGUGAGGAUAGUGCGGGUUGGACACAUUUGACGCGUAUGGCUCAGGAGGUUGCAAAGCUUCAGCGUACCACUGGCAAUUUGCCUUCUGGUGUAACUCCCGAUUCGACAAUGACGGGAAAUACACCACAAGAAACAGGCCUCCGAUACUCGUCACCACCUUCCGGAUCAACAUCUUCUGAGGGCCCGUCGACCGCUGCUCAAUCCUCAGAUGGCCCUUACAGUAUUGUCUGGGUAGACGGCACACCAAACGGGCCUGCGGGUGACUACGUCACUACUCCGGGUUCUCCUCCUGACUGCAAUGGCGACGAACCGGUAGAUGUACAGCCCGAGGAUGUUGGUCUAUCAUCCACUACUACAGCACUCGUUAUGACCAACACCAUGGCCAUCGCAGUAAGCUUCGAGGUUGCUAUCCCGACUACCACUAUCAUCCAAUCUCCAGCUCUCGAAAUCAUCUCGAUCGCCAUCUCGACACCUACCGCGGUUACUACUCAACCCUCCCCCAACUCCCCGUUUGACGCCACUUUCAAACCCGACCCCGGGUAUGUGAACCCAAACUGGUCUGUGAAAGAGUCUUCCGUACCGGCACCAAAUGGACAACAGCCUGGAGCUGCUGCUGCAUCGUCGCAAUACUUGGAGCCUACUACCUCGCAGUCCUUGGAGCCUUUUGCCUCGCAGUCACUGGAACCUACUACCUCACAGUCCACAAGCAAUUCCACCGCCCAACCGCACCGGGCUCCGUACUCCUCGCAGCCUAUGCAGCCAGUAGGCGCUCCCCCUAGGGUAGUAGUAGCUGCUGCGUCCUCUUCGUCUGUCACCACCGUUCCAGAGGCUUUAGAGACUGCGGCGUAUACCGGUGGCUCAUGUCGGUUGCGUUGGCGGAAAAAGGCAUAUGAUGUGUAG